AUGAGCGGCCUCGGAGAUCUCGGCGCCAAUGCCGCGGCGGGCGUGACGGGCGCGGGACACGAUCCCAACGAUCCCAAUGUCAAAGCUAUGCAAGCCAUGAUGGAGUCAUGUUUUGGCAAGUCGGCCAUCUCGGGAGUCAUGGGUUUCGGCAUGGGUGGGCUGUUUGGUCUGUUCAUGGCUUCGAUGUCCUACGAUACCCCCUUCCACGGCGCGGCGGGCGCCACAUCCGGCACCGGGGGCCCCGGCGGCGCCGCCAAGCCAUACACCGAGCUGCCCAUGCGGCAGCAGAUCAAGAUCGGCUUCAAGGACAUGGGCAACCGCGCGUGGUCGUCGGCGCGCAACUUUGGCAAAGUCGGCGCCCUGUACUCGGGCAUCGAGUGCGGCGUGGAGGGGUUCCGCGCGAAAAACGACCUCACCAACAGCGUCGCCGCGGGUUGCCUGACGGGCGGCGUGCUCGCGAGGGGCGGCGGCCCCACGGCCGUGGCCGGCGGGUGCGCUGCCUUCGCGGCCUUCAGCACGGCCAUCGAUGCGUAUAUGCGGAGUCCGCCAAAGGAGGACGUGUAG